GGGGAUGUGAAGCUGGUAAAAGCCUACUUUGGCUCCCCUCAGCUCGACAUUCCCCGAUCAGUGCAGAAGGAGCUGGGUGGAGGAGCUCUGCUGGAUAUCGGAGUGUACUGCCUGCAGUUUGUGUUGAUGGUGUUCAAUGGUGAAAGGCCAGAGUCCAUCCAAGCCACAGGGGUGCUGCUUGACUCAGGAGUGGAUGAAUCAGUGGUUGUGACGAUGAAAUUCUCCAGGAAGAGGAUGGCCUUGUGUGCCUUUUCAAUUGCAGCCCGACUACCAAAUGACGCUGUCAUUGAGGGCACUAAGGGGUCCAUUAAAGUUCUUGGCCCCAUGCACUGCCCCACCAAACUGGUGGUGAAUGACAAGGAAACAGAGUACCCUCUGCCUGAGCCGUGUCUCCCUCUGAAUUUUACCAACUGCGCCGGGCUGCGCUAUGAGGCAGGAGAAGUGAGGCAGUGCCUGCUUAAAG